AUGGCUUUCUCAGCUCUCCGCGCACGCUCAUUGCGAGCUGGCGUACGGGCAGCGGCUGUGAAGCCGAUGCGCUCGACACUGCCGCAAAUCCGGCUCCUCCAGACUGACUCGGACAAGUCAGCUCCCGCCCAUGAACUGCCUGCUUCGGGAAGCGAUAAGUUCAAGGUCAACCUUCCCGAGGACAGCUUCCACUCGUACCGAUGCGACGGACCCAGCACCGAAGUCGAGGUGACCAAGGAUGACCUUGUGCACAUGUACAAGCAGAUGGUGACCAUGCGACGGAUGGAACAGGCUGCCGAUGCGCUGUACAAGCAGAAGAUGAUCCGAGGUUUCUGUCAUCUUGCUAUCGGUCAGGAGGCUGUUUCGGUCGGGAUGGAGAAUGCGAUUGAUGGAGACGAUCGGGUCAUCACUUCUUACCGGUGUCACACUUUCGCCGUACUGCGAGGCGGUACCAUCAAGGGUGUUUUGGCGGAAUUGAUGGGCCGUGUCGACGGUAUGUCAUACGGAAAGGGUGGAUCCAUGCACAUCUUCACUCCCUCAUUCUUCGGUGGUAACGGUAUCGUCGGUGCUCAGGUGCCUGUCGGAGCCGGUAUCGCUUUGGCGCAAAAGUACAGCAAGAAGAAGGCGGCGACUUUCGCGCUGUACGGUGACGGUGCUUCCAACCAGGGUCAGGUCUUCGAGGCGUACAACAUGGCCAAACUCUGGAACCUCCCCUGUAUCUUCGUCUGCGAGAACAACAAAUACGGUAUGGGUACAUCAGCCGAGCGGUCCUCGAUGAACACCGACUACUUUACCCGAGGUGACAAAAUCCCCGGAUUGCAGGUCAACGGGAUGGACAUCUUGGCGGUCAGGCAGGCGUGCUCGUGGGCCAAGGAGUGGGUGACGAGCGGAAAGGGACCAUUGGUGGUUGAGUUUGUGACGUACCGAUACGGUGGUCACUCCAUGUCCGACCCCGGAACCACUUACCGUACCCGUGACGAAGUACAGGCGAUGCGUGCGGAGAAGGACACGAUCGCGGGUCUGAAGAAGAACAUCUUGGACUGGGGAGUGUCAGACGAGGCUAGCUUGAAGGCAAUUGUGGACGGAGCCAAGACCGAGGUCGACACUGCCGUCGAGGAGGCCAAGCAGUCACCUUUCCCCGAUCUCAAGGAGUUCUGGACCGACAUCUACUACAAGGGUACCGAGCCACCCUUCAUGCGCGGGCGGGAGAAGGAGGAGGUGCACUUCUACAACAAGGAGGCGUAG